GAGUAGCCACUGGCACAACCGGAAGUUGCUCGUCGUCGUUCCCCGACCCUCGGCCCCGCCGGAAACCGGAGCUCCGGAGAGAGGUUCCGGGCCGGCCGGGCCUGGCGGCGGGGCCAAUGGACACCGAACCGGAGGACGAGCGGUCGGCCGGACACCCCACGCUGGCCUCCUCCUGGGACGCCGCGUGCGGGGCGCUGGGCCGGAGCCUCCGUGUCCGCGGAGCCCAGGACUCGGACUGGGAGGAGCUGCUGGCGCCGCCUGCCUCGGGCCAGGACCUGGUGAGUCUGAAAAGGAGCCCCAAGAGCCCCGAUGGAAAGCCCUGCUUCCUCUCCCUGAGCUGCGCCCCGAGUGGAGGUGAAGAGAUCGUGUCUGUGGGCAUUUUGAGUUCAGCAAGAAACAUGGAAGUGUACUUGGGUGAGGAGUACUGCGGCACCAGUAGGGGCGGGAGUGUUGGGAACGUGCUGGACUCCAGCGAACAAGAAAAAAUUAUUUUAUACAAAAAUUUUCUAAAACUGGAGCCCGCUGCACAUGCUUGUAAAAUAAAGCUGCUCUCCUUCGGGGAAAAGCCGUGUGUGUUCGUCAGCCAGGUGGUGGUGCACGUGCGGCCCAGCCUGGCCAAGCCUCCCGCCAGCUUUGCUGCCCCGGGGCCCAGGGUGGACCUGGAGAGGGUCCACAGCCUGCUGGCGGCCAUGGGGUCCACGCUGUCCCCGGGGGCUCAGCAGCUGAUGAGUAUGGUCAGAUUCCAGCAGCAGCGCGGCAUUCCCCUGGGGGAGCAGCUGCAGGCGGUUUUGGGGAGCGCUGCCUGCCAGCGAGUGCUGGGCCUGCGGGCCUCGGCGCCCUCGGGAGCCUGGGACAGGCCGCCCUGCGCCCCUGCUCCUCUCAGAGCCUGGCCGAUGGCGGGACGCGGGACUGAGGACGCGAACGCUCCCGGGGAGGAGAGCGCACGGCCCCCCGCGGGAGGGCCCCCCGCAGCCCUCGGAGGGAGGGACACCGCGCCCCAGAGCCUUCCUCUCCCCGGCGGGGAGCUGGACCUCCAGCCGGCGGCGUCUGUCCUACCAAAGAAGGCGAGUGCCGGCCCCGGGGCCCCCGGCCCCCAGCUGCUGCCCAUCCUCCAGGACGUGUGCGGUCAGGUGCGCCAUCUCCGUGGGGCCCAGGACACCACGUGGCCGGGACACGUCCCCACGCCCAGCGCAGGUGGCCUGGCUGCCGGGAUGGGAGAGCAGCCCGCCUGCUCCUACCUGGAGAGGAUUCUGUCUAAGAAGCUGGAGCUGAUGGAGAGGAGGCUGAUGGACCACCUGGAGGAGCGGCUGCGCGCCCUGCAGGAGCACCUCGACCGCCAGGUGGCGCUGCUGGCGCGCUCGCUUCACAGCCCAGGCUCCCCUCCCCUGUCCCCGCCCCCGGGGGUGCAGCUCCCCCACUGUGACUCCAGGGACACACUCUCCAAUGGGGAGAGAUAGGCGCUCGGGGCGCCGAGCACACACACAUUGUGACCUAUUUAUUGCCACGCAGCCCAAAGCGGGGCAGGUUUUUCUGUCAGUGAGGAUCAGCAUCCUACUUGCAUCAAGUGACCUCAGCGUUCGUCUCCCUGUGCUUGUGACGUGACCCCGUGCCCCGUGAUGUGACCCCUGGGCCGCUCCUGAGAGCGGAUGACCUUCCUGUGCUUGCGACGUGCCCCCAUGCCUGAGUGUGCCUGAUCGGGUAGGAGUUGUUUGCAGUGUUGGUCGCUCUCCCAGAAUUGUAUACAUACUUCUGUGUUUAAGACUUUAAAUAUUUAAGGAUUGCUAGUUCAGUUCAUCAGUAUAUGUAUUGUGACUGUAUUUGAAAUAUGCAGUGUUUUAUAUAAAGGACUUAUAUUUUAGGGAUAUGGGGAAAA